AGGGAUAGGUAGAACAGAAGCCCUAUCAAAUCAUAUCCCCAAUAAUCACAAAACUCACAUCAAUCAAUUUAAAACCUCUUUUGUACAUUGCAGAAGACAGCCAUGGAAAAUAAAAACCAAUAAUUGUAUAUAGAUUAAUAAUAUGUGUAAAUGCGUUUUAAUGUUUAAGAAUAUUUUUCAGGAUUAAAUACUGACUAUAAAGUAAAAAAUUGUUUUAUUGAGAUUAAACUUAAUAACAAUAAACAAAUGAAUCAAGUUUAAUGGAUGUUCUCAAAUUACAGGACAGGAAACGGAUAAUACAGAGUCAAUGAAAGCAAACAGGGAAGGUUAAACAGCACAUCGAUCAUAAAUAAUAAUCUGCUGCCUAUUAGAAAUGAAUCUGUAACCAUAUCUCCUUAUUAAUGUUCGCCCCGCCCCGUUAUUGUAAAGUCACCGCCGAUUGGGCCACUGACAGCCAUCUCAUAAAAAACCUGAAGGCGACCCAAAGGAUAAAACAUGCGCCAUGCGCAUCACAGUGACAGUGUCUCCAUCCUCUCUAUAGCACUUUUAUCUGAUCCCACCCAAGAUCAGGCUGUGGGUGAAUCAGACGGGAAGAUGCCACGAGGAUUUUUAGUGAAACGGAGUAAACGCGUCUCCUCAGCAUCCUACAAGGUGCGCGUUGAAGAAAAAGAGUUGCGCAAAGCGGACCUGCCUAUCCAAACAACGCACGGACCUACUAGUGUCCCAUCCGAAUGCACAGACGUGGUGGAACCUAUCAGAGAAACAUGGACAAGUGGUAUAGCAUCUAAAAACGAGUUUGGAGGAGCUGUUGCAGAAAGCACCGUCGAUUACGCACAAAGUUACUUGGAAAAGACCGCACCAUCUCCCUACAACACAACCGACUCCAGCAGCCCGAUCAAGCCCGUCAGCACAGAGACAAAACAGUCGUUUUUGGACAGGUGCUUCAGUUCACCCGCCACGGCAGAGUCGUUCCCAUUGGCCACCCCGGUGUCUUCUAUCGAGCGUCUCCUUAUGAGCCACGCCGACAUGAAGUUUGGCACGCCCGUGUCCACUUCGUUGCCCCCCUACCCCUCAUUUCACCAGUGCGUAAAGCGCGCAUUCGUCGAUCAGUCAGAGCGCAAGAGCAAAGCGCCCAGCAAAAAGCCUAAAGUCAUCAGAAAACUCAACUUUGAAGACGAAGUCACCACGUCACCCGUCCUCGGGCUCAAAAUAAAAAAGGAAAGCCCUGAAACGAAACUGGCACCUUCAUCCAGUGGGAGAAACAAGCCUUUGGGUGAGUUUAUAUGUCAACUUUGUAAGGAAGAAUACCCAGAUCCGUUCUCUUUGGCGCAGCACAAGUGUUCCAGGAUCGUGCGCGUUGAGUACCGCUGUCCGGAGUGCGAUAAAGUUUUCAGCUGUCCCGCCAACCUCGCCUCCCACCGGAGGUGGCACAAACCUCGCAACCUCAGCAGUGGAGAUGCCCAGAAAAAGUCUCAGAUGGAGGUGCGUAACAACGAGAAGACAUCAGUGGAGGGGAAGGAGAACGCCAGUAAGAUCAGAAUCAACAAUCAGCACCAUUUGAAUCCGGACAGCUCCCAACAUCCCAGAUCAGCACCGGACAGCAAUAUGCCACACGGAUUGUCCCCAAAUCCUCCUAUGGACCAAAGGUACCCAACCACUGAAAAGUGCUAUGAUCUGCACGCUGACAACUCCAGGUUGUUCGAUCACUGCCCAGAAGAAUCCGACAGGUCCACCACCCCCUACCUACCCUCACCUGGGGCAGACGACGUGUAUGAAUGUCACUACUGCGGCAAGAAGUUUCGCAGACAAGCCUAUCUGAGAAAACACCUUGCCGCGCACGAGACAAUCAAAUCUUCUUUUAAUCACAUAGAGAGCGGACAGAUCACUUUUCCGUGCCACCUCUGCGGUGCGCAUUUCCCCUCGGCCGAGAUAAGGGAGAAACACAGACUCUGGCACGCAGUCAGAGACGAUUUAUUACUGAGACCUGAUCUGAGCCCCGGUGAGCAACAGAUAUACUCGUGCAAGCACUGUCCCUCCACUUUCUUUAGUUCUCCAGGUUUGACCAGACACAUCAACAAGAGUCACCCAACAGAGAACAGACAGGUGAUGCUGCUGCAGAUGGCGGUCAGGCCGGGAUGCUGAAAACAUGUUUAAAGGGAUAGUUCACCCAAAAAUGAAAAUUCUGUCAUCAUUUACUCACUCUCAUGUUGUUACAAACCUGUAUACAUUUCUUUGUUCUGAUAAACACGAAGGAAGAUAUUUUGAAAGAUGUUCAUAACCAAGCCGUCAAUGAGCUCACGAACGGUUUGAUUAUAAACAUUCCCUUAAAAUUAUGAUUUUUGGAUGAACUAUACCUUUAAUGACGCGCGUGUUGAUGUUAUUACUCCUCUUGGCUUAUUAAUAGACUACAUCCAGUAUCUUUGUGUGGGAAUAUUACAUUUAUAGAGACAUAUUUAUAUAUAUCCUUUGACGGUAACGUUUUAUUGACAAACGUUUCUGUAUAUAAUGCUUAACUUGGUAGUUCAUGCAUAUGAGUGAAUCAAUGUUUCAUGUUUGAUUCACUAUUUUUAACUAUUUAAUGAUCUGUUAAGCAUUGUAUAUAUUUAAUAAAAGUUAUUAAAGAGUUGCAUUAAGUCAUAAAGCUCACUGUAUGGUUAUUUUUUUAAAUAAGAUAUUACAACAACACUGAAAAAAAUGAUUCAUUCAAUUUACUCAAUUUUUUUAAGGUAAGUGGUUGCAAUCAUCA